AUGAAGUUAUAUGUAUUUCUGGUCAAUACUGGAACCACCCUAACAUUUGACACUGAACUUACAGUGCAAACUGUGGCCGACCUUAAGCAUGCCAUUCAAAGUAAAUACAAGAUAGCUAUUCAGCACCAGGUGCUGGUGGUCAAUGGAGGUGAAUGCAUGGCUGCAGAUCGAAGAGUGUGCACCUACAGUGCGGGGACGGACACAAAUCCAAUUUUUCUUUUUAAUAAAGAAAUGAUAUUAUGUGAUCGGCCACCGGCUAUUCCUAAAACUACCUUUUCAACUGAAAAUGACAUGGAAAUAAAAGUUGAAGAGUCUCUUAUGAUGCCUGCAGUUUUCCACACUGUAGCUUCAAGGACACAACUUGCAGUGGAGAUGUAUGAAGUUGCCAAGAAACUUUGCUCUUUUUGUGAAGGUUUGGUUCAUGAUGAACAUCUUCAACACCAAGGAUGGGCUGCUAUUAUGGCAAAUUUGGAGGACUGUUCAAAUUCCUAUCAAAAGCUCCUUUACAAGUUUGAAAAUAUUUAUUCAAAUUAUCUGCAAUCCAUAGAAGACAUCAAGUUAAAACUUACUCAUUUAGGAACAGCAGUUUCAGUAAUGUCCAAGAUUCCACUAUUGGAGUGUCUAACCAGACAUAGUUACAAGGAAUGUUUGGGAAGACUGGAUUCUUUACCUGAACAUGAAGACUCAGAAAAGGCUGAGAUGAACAGAUCCACUGAACUGGUGCUCUCUUCUGAUAUGCCUAGAACAACUAACAAAUCAUUAUCAACCUCAUUUCACAAGUCAGUGGAACAUAUGGUACCAGAUACUACAGAUGAUGAAAGUGGCAAAGAAGUUAGGGAAUCUUGUCACAGUACUGUCCAGCAUGAUGAAAUUUCAAAAGUUGCUAAAGACGGCAAUCUGCCUUUUUUCAAUGUUUCUUUAUUGGACUGGAUAAAUGUUCAAGAUAGACCUAAUGAUGUGGAAUCUUUGGUCAGGAAAUGUUUUGAUUCUAUGAGCAGACUUGAUCCAAGAAUUAUUCGACCAUUUUUAACAGAAUGCCGUCAAACUAUUGCCAAACUUGAUAAUCAGAAUAUGAAAGCCAUUAAAGGGCUUGAAGAUAGGCUUUAUGCCCUGGACCAGAUGAUUGCUAGCUGCAGCAGACUGGUGAAUGAACAAAAAGAACUUGCUCAGGGAUUUUUAGCUAAUCAGAUGAGAGCUGAAAACUUAAAAGAUGCAUCUGUAUUGCCUGAUUUGUGCCUGAGUCAUGCAAAUCAGUUGAUGAUUAUGUUGCAAAAUCAUAGAAAACUAUUGGAUAUUAAACAGAAGUGUACCACUGCCAAACAAGAACUAGCAAAUAACCUACAUGUCAGAUUGAAGUGGUGUUGCUUUGUAAUGCUUCACGCUGAUCAAGAUGGAGAGAAAUUACAAGCUUUACUCCGUCUUGUAAUAGAGCUGUUAGAAAGAGUCAAGAUUGUUGAAGCUCUUAGUACAGUUCCUCAGAUGUACUGCUUAGCUGUUGUUGAGGUUGUAAGGAGAAAAAUGUUCAUAAAACACUACAGGGAGUGGGCUGGUGCUUUAGUCAAAGAUGGAAAGCAGUUAUAUGAAGCUGAAAAAUCAAAAAGAGAAUCUUUUGGGAAAUUAUUCAGGAAAUCUUUCCUAAGAAAUCGGCUGUUUAGGGGAUUGGACUCCUGGCCCCCUUCCUUUUGUACUCAAAAGCCACGAAAGUUUGACUGUGAGCUUCCAGAUAUUUCGUUAAAAGAUUUACAAUUCCUGCAAUCAUUUUGUCCUUCAGAAGUUCAGCCAUUCCUCAGGGUUCCCUUACUUUGUGACUUUGAACCUCUACACCAGCAUGUUCUUGCUCUGCAUAAUUUGGUAAAAGCAGCACAAAGUUUGGAUGAAAUGUCACAGACCAUUACAGACCUUCUUAGUGAACAAAAGACCUCUGCAAGUCAGGCAUCUCCACAGUCUGCUUCGUCACCAAGGACAGAAAGUGCAGCAGGAAUUACAACUACUACCUCACCAAAAACUCCUCCUCCACUCACUGUUCAGGAUCCCUUAUGUCCUGCAGUAUGUCCCUUAGAAGAAUUAUCUCCCGAUAGCAUUGACGCACAUACAUUUGAUUUUGAAACUAUCCCCCAUCCAAACACAGAACAAACUCUUGACCAAGGUUCUUUAGACUUGGAUUCACUAGCAGAAAGUCCUGAAUCAGAUUUUAUGUCUGCUGUGAAUGAGUUUGUAAUAGAAGAAAAUCUAUCAUCUCCUAAUCCUAUAAGUGAUCCACAAAGCCCAGAAAUGAUGGUGGAAUCACUGUAUUCAUCAGUUAUCAAUGCAAUAGAUAGCAGACGUAUGCAGGAUACAAAUAUUAUUGGUAAAGAGGAUUCAGGAAAUUAUGCUUCAAAUGUCCAAUUGGAAAAAUGUAGAGUUGUUGCCCAAGACUCUCACUUCAGUAUACAAACCAUUAAGGAAGAUCUUUGUCACUUUAGAACAUUCGUUCAAAAAGAGCAGUGUGACUUCUCAAAUUCUUUAAAAUAUACAGCAGUUGAAAUAAGAAACAUUAUUGAAAAAGUAAAAUGUUCUCUGGAAAUAACACUACAAGAAAAAUAUCAAAAAGAACUUCAAACUUUAAAAAAUGAAUAUGAAGCUAAACUUGAUGCACUAAUAAAGGAGAGUGAAGAAAAUGAAAACAAAAUUAAAAAAUUGAAAGGCGACCUAGUAUGUCUUGAGGAAGUUUUACAAAAUAAAGAUAAUGAAUUUGCUUUAGUUAAACAUGAAAAAGAAGCUGUCAUCUGCCUACAGAAUGAAAAGGAUCAGAAGUUGUUAGAGAUGGAAAAUAUAAUGCACACUCAAAAUUGUGAAAUUAAAGAACUGAAAGAGUCCCGAGAAAUAGUGUUAGGAGACUUAAAAAAGCUCCAUGUUGAAAAUGAUGAGAAGAUACAGUUAAUGAAAACAGAAUUUCAGUGUUUAGAGCAAAGUCAUCUUAAGGAAUUAGAGGAUACUCUGCAAGUCAGGCAUACACAGGAGUUUGCAAAAGUUAUGUCAGAGCACAAAGUUUCUUUGGAGAAAUUAAAAGAGGAAAAUCAACAAAGAAUAGAUCAGAUAGAAGAGUCUCAUGCAACAGUUGUUCAGGAAAAAGAACAACAGCUGCAGGAAUUAAAACUCAAGGUUUCCGAUUUGUCUGAUAUGAGAUGCAAGCUAGAGGUUGAACUUGCAUUGAAGGAAGCUGAAACUGAUGAAAUAAAACUGUUGCUGGAAGAAAGCAAAGCCCAGCAGAAGGAGACCUUAAAAUCUCUCCUUGAACAAGAGACAGAAAAUUUGAGAACAGAGAUAAGUAAGUUAACCCAAAAGAUUCAAGAUAAUAAUGAUAAUUAUCAGGUAGGUUUAGCAGAGUUGAGAACUUUAAUGUCAAUUGAAAAAGAUCAGUGUAUUUCAGAGUUAAUCAGUAGGCACAAAGAGGAAUCAGAUAUGCUUAAAACUGAGUUAAACAAAGUAACAUCUCUGUAUCACCAAGCAUUUGAAAUAGAAAAAAACCUAAAAGAUCAAAUAGUUGAACUGCAGAAUAAAUUGGAUUCAGAAUUGAGUACUCUUGAAAAGCAGAAAGAUGAAAAGAUAAUCCAACAAGAGGAAAAAUAUGAAGCAAUUAUCCAUAAACUUGAGAAGGACAAAGAAAACUUGGUCACAAGCCAGGACCAAGACAGAGAACAGUUAAUUCAGAAGCUGAAUUGUGAAAAAGAAGAAGCCAUUCAGACUGCUCUCAAAGAAUUUAAAAGGGGUAGAGAUGCUGUUGAGAAAGAGCUGCUAGAUACAGUUCAACAUCUUGAGACUCAGUUAGCAAAAAGCCCUGCCUUUGAAUCUACCAGAGAAGAGUCUUCAAGUUUAGUUUCUGAACUUCAAGAAAAACUUCAGGAGGAAAAAGCUAAGUUUCUAGAACAACUUGAAGAGCAAGAAAAAAGAAAGAAUGAAGAAAUACAAAAUGUUCGAACAUCUUUGAUCGCUGAACAACAGACCAAUUUUAACACUGUUUUAACAAGAGAGAAAAUGAGAAAAGAAAAUAUAAUAAAUGAUCUAAGUGACAAGUUGAAAAGUACAAUGCAGCAACAAGAACGAGAUAAAGAUUUGAUAGAGUCACUUUCUGAAGAUCGAGCUCGUUUGCUUGAAGAAAAGAAAAAACUUGAAGAGGAAGUCAGUAAGUUGCGUAGUAGCAGCUUUGUUCCUUCAGCUUAUGGAACUGCAGCCCCAGAGCUUUAUGGAGCUUGUGCCCCUGAACUUCCUGGUGAAACAGAGAGAUCCACUAUGGAAGCAGCAGAGGAAGGGAGAUUGGAUUCAGCAAUGGAGACAAGCAUGAUGUCUGUGCAAGAAAAUGUUCAUAUGCUGUCUGAAGAAAAACAGAGGAUAAUGCUGUUAGAACGAACAUUGCAAUUGAAAGAAGAAGAAAACAAGCGGUUAAAUCAAAGACUUAUGUCUCAGAGCAUGUCUUCAGUAUCUUCAAGGCAUUCUGAAAAAAUAGCUAUUCGAGAUUUUCAGGUGGGAGAUUUGGUACUCAUCAUCCUAGAUGAACGCCAUGACAAUUAUGUGUUAUUUACUGUUAGUCCUACCUUAUAUUUUCUGCAUUCAGAAUCUCUACCUGGCCUGGAUCUCAAACCAGGUGAGGGUGCUUCAGGUGGAUCUAGAAGACCCUGGGUACUUGGGAAAGUAAUGGAAAAGGAAUACUGUCAAGCCAAGAAGGCACAAAAUCGAUUUAAAGUUCCUCUGGGGACAAAGUUUUAUCGAGUAAAAGCAGUGUCCUGGAAUAAGAAAGUAUAACUUACAGAAGGAAUUAACAACAUUCUUUGAUAUUUUUCUGACCUGUCCUACAGUGCUCAUUCAUCACUCCGAAAACAGCAGGCCAUCUUUUUAUACAAAGUCAGCUUGACAAUACUCUUUAUUGAUGUACAACAGUGAAUUUUUAACUGGCUACAUUUUAGGAACAAUAAAUUCAUCAAAAUUCUCAGCUGAAUUAAUAUGGGUUUUUUUGUUUUGUUUUUUUUUAACCCAGAUAAACCUAGAAAUACGGACCAAACUAGUUCAUUUUCUCAAAGGGCAUACCCUGUGCAUUGUGGCUUAUAAUUAGCCAUAUUAAUUGCCUGUUGAAUAUACAUUAGCUUGAACUUAGAUG